UUAAAGUCCAUGUGGACGUACGCUGCAGCGCAAGCAUGGCGGUCAAACUCAAGUCGAACUUUCGUGUGGAAAGUAAGAUCUCUGCAUUAUACACAGGGGGUAAGGUUCAUCUCUCUACCAAUGGACUUCAUUUGUUCUGUGUACAUGGAACAAGUAUCAACAUACUUGACACCUCCACUGGGAAAGUGGUACAUUCCAUUAAAGAGGAAGACUGCGACGAUGUUACAUCAUUUGCAGUAACUCCAGAUGACAAGUUUCUAGUAGUUGCUCAUAGGAACUUGUUAAUGAAGCAAUGGGACUGGCAAGAGGAAAGAUGCGUCCGCACAUGGAAGGCCAUCCAUGUUGGGCCCAUUGUCAGCAUGGCCUUUGACCCCACCUCUACCCUGCUAGCCACUGGGAGUAGUGAUAGCACCAUCAAGCUGUGGGACAUCGUUCAGCAGUACUGCACCCACAACCUCAAAGGUUCACAGGGAGUGGUCAGUGUUGUUGAGUUUCAUCCAGAGUCCGGUAAACUUCUCCUCUUCUCUACAUCCGAUGACUGCAAGAUACGAGUAUGGGAUCUCAGUACUAGCAGAUGUAAAGCUGUAUUAGAGAGCCAUUACAGUGGAGUCACCAGCUUUGCAUUCACCGAGGAUGGCAUGACGAUGUUUAGUUCAGGUAGAGAUAACAUCGUGACUGUGUGGAACUUAGAGACGUAUGAAGCCACCAAAACAAUUCCUGUCUAUGAGCCGUUAGAGUCUGUCAUCGUACCACCAUCUGACGUGGAUUGCAGUAAGAUUGGCAUCAGUGGUAACGGCUCAUUCUUCAUCACUGCUGGAUCUCAGGGUCUGCUUAAGGUAUGGGAUGCUUCUACAGCGAAGUGUGUAUUCACUCAACAGCGACAGCUCCCUGACCUCCCUCAGCCAGAAGGUCAGAGUGAGGGCAAAGGUCAUGAUCAACCAAUGGGGAGCCACAUCAACCAGGCAAUGUUCUGUGGAGCGUUGGGCGUUCUCGCUGUGGUCACCUACGAUCAUAACAUCCUCUUGUUCAGUGUGAAAGAUUUUGAACUCAACAAACAGUUUGUUGGGUACAAUGACGAGAUCCUUGAUCUAUGCUUUAUGGGUGAGAAUGAUACACACAUUGCCGUGGCAACCAAUAGUGAACAGCUUCGUGUUUUUGAGCUUUCCUCCCUCAGCUGUCAGAUUCUACCUGGACAUACAGAUAUUGUUCUCGCACUUAAAGUUUUUAAGAAUGGACUGAUGUUAGCCAGUAGCUCCAAGGACAACACUGUGCGACUUUGGUGUAUGGAGCCAACCACAGGCUCAGUGUACUGUGUAGCAAUAGGUAAAGGACACACACAUUCAGUUGGAGCACUGACUACUGCAAGACUAUCUAACAAGUUUUUCGUCAGCGGCAGUGAGGACUGUACCAUCAAGAUUUGGGAUAUUCCAUCUACCCUACCCACUCAGAAAGGCAGCACACCUGUCCAAAUUCAUGGAAGAUUCACUGAGCGUGCUCACGAAAAGGACAUUAAUUCAGUUGCUAUAUCGCCCAAUGACAAACUGCUAGCCACUGGUUCUCAAGACAGGACAGCCAAACUAUGGCACCUUGAGAAGGAGACUAGCCUGGGGUCAUUCAGAGGUCAUAGACGUGGUAUUUGGUGUGUCCAGUUCUCUCCUGUUGAUCAGGCCUUAGCAACAAGCUCAGCGGAUGGUUCCAUCAAGAUAUGGGCUCUGUCUGAUUUCAGCUGUGUCAAGACGUUUGAGGGCCAUGAUGCAUCAGUCUUAAAUGUCCUCUUUCUGUCCAGAGGGAUGCAGCUUGUUUCAUGUGGCUCGGAUGGUUUGCUAAAACUCUGGACAAUCAAGACCAAUGAAUGUGUGAAGACAUUUGAUGAACACAGCCAGAAAGUCUGGGCAUUAGCUGCCAAUAGAGGGCAGGAUUUAGUGGUCAGCGGUGGCGGUGACUCAAAUAUUCUAGUUUGGAAGGAUGUUACAGAACUAGAGCUUGAAGAGGAAAUGGAGAAAGAAGAAGAUCAGAUCGAGAAGGAGCAGGAGUUGUCUAAUUUGCUUCAUGACAAGAAAUAUCUGAAAGCAAUCGGCCUGGCCAUCACCCUCAAUCAACCUUUCCGAGUACUCACUAUUAUGAAAAACAUUUUGGAUGAACCCGGUGGAGAGAAGAAACUGGAAAGGACAAUGAAGAAGAUGAGGCAAGACCAAAUAGAGUCUGUUCUAGGUUUCUGUAAGCACUGGAACACCAACUCUAAGCACUGUCACACAGCGCAGACCGUUAUUGCAAUCAUCCUGAGACAGGUCACCCCAGAUGACCUCUUGACCUUUCCUUCAAUGCAACAGACACUGGAAGGCUUGAUUCCAUAUACAGAGCGUCAUUUUGAGAGGAUGAAUCGUCUACUACAGCAGGCAAUGUUUGUGGAGUAUACCUGGCAAUGCAUGAGACGAGCUACAGGACCUGUUGAUGAUAGUCUUGUCCUGAAAAGUAGUAUGGGAGAGACAAGUGCAUCAUUCGUCAUCGAUACGGAACCUACGGUUGUCACUGGAAACAUCACUGACAGACUUAAGCUGGGUCAAAGGUCAACAGAUGCUGAAGAGAGCAGUGAAGAUGAUGAAGAAGAUGAUGAUGAAGAUGAAGUUGAAGAUGCCGAGAUGGAGGAAAAUUCUUUGAAAGGACUCAUGAGUGACGAGGACAACGAUGAUAGUCAUGACCAAGGUGAGAGGUCACAGAGAGGUCAGAAGUCACCAGGGGUCAGAGAGGCGGGAGAGAGCAGUGAGGACGAUGAUGAGGAAGAUUCUUCAUCGAGUGACGACGAUAACGACGAUGAUAACGACUAUGGUGGACAUCUUGAGGAAGAGCUCAUUACACCUGAGAAAACCAAGAAAGUAAAACCCAAGAAGAAAGCCCAACAAGAGAUGAUUUCCUCACCCAAAACAACGAGUCUCAGCAGUGUCGAACAUAAAGCGUCUCCCAAAUCGACUCCAAAACUCCUACGCAGCAAAAAGAGGAAAUCUGAGAUGGCGGAUUCCAUUGGAAGCGAUGGUACGGCGGACAUCGAUGAAAGCGAUCACGAUGAGGAUGAUGGGAUUGCAAUCAGAACUAGAAGCAAAGAUACAAAAAAAAUGAAAACAAAGACACCACGGAAAUCACCCGUUGUCAAUAAGAAGAGGACCGUAAAAACACCGUCUUCUAUUGGUAAGUCAGCCAAGAAAGCUAAGAUCGCUGGACUGUCCACGUCCUUGCGAUCAUAGAGGUGUUUUAGCUAGCACUUGGAGAUUUGAGGCAGUGGACACUAUUGGUAAUUACUCAAAAUAAUUAUUGGCAUAAAACCUUUCUUGGUGACGAGUAAU